UUUUUUGCCAGUUAUUCACAGUCAAUGUGAUCAGUGCAUUUCUUUUUAACUACAUAAUAAUUAAUUUUGCUUAAUUAUUAGUUUCCAUCAGAGGCAUGGGAUGUUUUGUCUGCAGCUGUUUGUAAUACUACGGAUUUGUCCAAGUUUUCAAGAAGUGCACAAGGCGAAAUUAUCCUAAGAAGACAACAAUUAAGAAUUCCAGACAUCUGCGAAGGAGCCUCAACAAUCAUCCAGCUCUUCAAAGAAAAAAGACAAAUUGGCAUGAAGAUUCGGACAGGAUUGAACGGGCAACCACUGUCACCUGAAAGCUGAAGUUUACUUAAAUAAUAGGCAAGAAACAUCAUCGCUAUAUUUUCUCCAAUGGACAUUCAUAAAGGAGGAUCAAAGACGAUUUAAACCUUUUUUUUUUUUUUUCCAUAAAGUGAUUCCUGGGACAUCAAUUCCACUAUAUUUCAUCCGAGAUAGCGAUUUAUUGUAUUUGCUGCGUUGUGCACGAUACCGACCCGUUAAACAUCGCACAUGAAAUAAUCAAGGUUUUUUUCUUUUUUUUUUUUUUUUUUUCUUUUUUGCAUGUGCAUUAUCCGAGUUUAUUUUACCUAUAUCAGUGACUGAGCAGAAGCGCAUUGAUUGUGUUGCGGCGGACUAUGGACGAGCAAGCCCGGAUCAUGCAGGCUCUCGGCGGUGUCAGCCUGGCCGGUCACCCGGUACAGGGAGGCAUGGCUCUGCCGCCUCCACAUGGACACGACGGAACCGAUGGGGAUGGAAGAAAACAAGACAUCGGUGACAUUCUGCAUCAAAUCAUGACCAUCACCGACCAAAGCCUGGACGAGGCGCAAGCAAAGAAACAUGGGCUCAACUGUCACAGAAUGAAGCCAGCCCUCUUCAGUGUGCUCUGCGAGAUCAAAGAGAAAACAGGUCUAAGUAUCCGCGGGGCUCAGGAGGAAGACCCACCCGAUCCUCAGCUGAUGCGUCUUGACAACAUGCUUCUGGCGGAAGGCGUUUCUGGACCGGAGAAGGGCGGAGGAUCGGCGGCGGCAGCAGCGGCGGCGGCAGCAGCCGGCAGUCCCACUGACAACUCCAUUGAACACUCUGACUACAGGGCCAAACUCUCCCAGAUCAGACAGAUCUACCACACCGAGCUAGAGAAAUAUGAGCAGGCAUGUAACGAGUUCACAACCCACGUCAUGAACCUGUUGAGGGAGCAAUCUCGCACACGGCCCAUCUCGCCCAAAGAGAUCGAGCGCAUGGUCAGCAUCAUCCACCGCAAAUUCAGCUCCAUCCAAAUGCAGCUUAAGCAGAGCACCUGUGAGGCCGUCAUGAUCCUGAGGUCCCGCUUCCUUGAUGCCAGACGGAAACGGCGGAACUUCAGCAAGCAGGCCACCGAAAUCCUGAACGAGUACUUUUACUCACAUCUUAGUAACCCUUAUCCCAGCGAAGAGGCCAAAGAGGAGCUUGCUAAGAAGUGCAGCAUAACAGUAUCCCAGGGGGUGGGAACCACCAUCACAGUGGCACAGGUGUCUAACUGGUUUGGCAACAAGAGGAUCCGUUACAAAAAAAACAUUGGCAAGUUCCAAGAGGAGGCCAACCUGUAUGCCGCUAAGACAGCCGUGACUGCCGCGCACGCAGCAGCUGCCGCAGUCCAGAACAGUCAGACCAAUUCGCCCACCACACCCAACUCCGGAUUCCAGAUGAAAGAUGAAGAAUUUCAGCUGGACUCUGCAGAGAACAAAAACACUCUAUUAACCAACAUGUUCACUGGUUCGUCAGGUUCUUUUAACCUCCCAAACUCGGGGGACAUAUUCAUGAGCAUGCAGAAUCUGAAUGGGGAUUCUUACCAAGGGGCACAAGUCGGAGCCAAUGUGCAGUCACAGGUGGAUACCCUGCACCAUGUUAUCAGUCAGACGGCAGGAUACAAUGAUGCCCUGGGGGGGAAUUCCAUGUAUAGUCCACAUGGCUUGAAUGGUAACGGGGGAUGGCAGGAUGCUAUGACUCCAUCCUCUAUGAUCUCCCCUACAGAAGGCCCUGGUAGUGUGCACUCUGAUACCUCGAACUGAUCUCAUUUUUGGCCCCUUCCCAAGCUGUGGAUAACCAAUUACAGAAUUACAAAAUCACAGACUGACCAAUCAGAGACAGAAUAAACUCACAGCUAAUCCAGAAACAUCUUCAUGGAAUUCUCAAGCAUUCAGAUCCACGGUACUUCUACAAUUCCACAAUGUGUUUUGGAAAGCUGGACAUUUCUUAGCCGUCACAUCAGUCCACUGCAAUUUUUACUUACAAUCUCUCCUCCGAUUACAAUAAACUAAUACGUAUAUGUUGUUUAUUUUUUCAUUUGAAGUGUACAUGCUCAAAAUGUAUGCAUUAUCAAGUGUUUUUCUCUUUGGGUUUUCAUACCUAAGAUCAUUUUGUAUUUAGUAUUGCUUAUAACCCCUCUCCAUUGUUCUAAGCAACUGUAAGCUUUAGUACAGGAAUGCAAGAACUGAUACUUACAAAAAUAUAUUCAGAUUAUGCUAACCCAUGCAUUUAACAAGGCUAAAUGCUACAGAAGGCAGCUUGGAGAAUUCAUUUCCGAAAUGAUUUGUAUGUUUUUUUUUUUUUUUUUUUUUUUUGAGCUUUUGAGCUUUUGACAUCACAUUGAUUUGAACAAGACUAAAGACUAAA